AUGGCCCGCCUUGCCAUACCGCACCUUCAACCUACCGCCAAUUCAGCCCAAUUGAUUGUCAAGGGGCAGCCAUUUCUUAUGCUUCCUGCUGAGUUGCAAAACUCGUCCCUGUCGUCAGCUGAUUAUAUGAGCUCAGUAUGGAGUGACCUAAAGGCUGCAAACUUCAACACCGUACUGGGCAGCGUCUCUUGGGAUGCGAUCGAGCCUGAAGAGGGCAAAUUCGAUUUCUCUGAGCUCGACAAGAUUAUUCUUGAUGCACGUCAACAUGGAUUGCACUUGGUGCUGCUCUGGUUUGGUAGCUAUAAGAAUGCUACGAGUUCUUAUGUGCCAAAUUGGGUCAAGUCAAACCCCAUCAGAUUUACAAGAGUGCAGAUUCUAGACAAUGACCGGCGUCUUAAGGCUACUGGCACCAUUUCUCCCUUCUGCCGAGCAGCGUGGGAGGCCGAUGCGAAAGCCUUUUCCACGCUCAUGAGGCACAUCAAAGAAAUUGAUGCCGCGCAUAGCACAGUACUCACGACCCAGGUUGAGAACGAGUGCGGUGUCCUUGGCGACUCAAGAGACAGGAGUGAAUUGGCAGACAAGGCCUUUCAACAGCCUGUGCCACUUGAGCUACUGGCUCAUCUGGCGGGCAAGCAGCAGCUGCAUCCAGAAUUCGAGAAGAGAUGGCCCAGGUUCAGAGAAACUGUCGAUCUUGAACAUAGUAAGACCUGGGAACAAUCCUUCGGCCCGGGCAAUACUGCCGAUGAAAUGUUCAUGGUUCAUGCUCUGGCUGCAUAUGUCGGCAAAGUCGCUCAGGCGGGCAAGGACGAAUACCCCAUUCCGUUUUUCGCCAAUGUGUGGCUGAAUACCGAUGACGAAUCUAUUCUCGACGUUGAUGGAGUUCCCGAAGACCUCAGGCUCGGUAUAGUGGCCGCUGGUGGAUCCAAGCCUGGCGAAUACCCAUCCGGCAGCCCAUGCCCUCACACUCUGGACCUGUGGAAGUACUGUGCCCCAGCACUGGACUUCAUCUCGCCCGAUGUUUACUUGCAAGAUUACGAAUGGGUCUGUAAGCAGUACCGGUAUGAGAACCAGCCGCUUCUUAUCCCCGAGCAGCGUGCAGAUGGACGAGGUUCGCGCCAAGCAUGGCUGGCCUAUGGCUCUUACGGUGCCCUGGGUUGCUCUCCCUUUGGAAUCGACACGGUCGCAGCCGUGGAGAACGAGUUUAAAAAGCCAUAUGGACUCUUGGCCAAGAUGAGCCACCACAUUCUGACAGCACAAGCCAGCCACCCGGAGGACAUGUUUGGCUUCUUUUUUGAUGAGCCGUCUCUUACCGCCAGAGAUAGCUGGAUCCGGUCGAUGGGCAACUUCAGCCUUCGCGUCGAGCGCUCCUUUACCUUUGGAAAGAAAACACCAGGCUAUGGCAUUAUUAUUCAUCGCGGUCAAGGGCGUUUCCUGCUCAUCGGUGAAGGUUUCCAGGUCAGGUUUGAGAGCCUGAACCCCGAUACUACCUACGCAGGCAUUCUAGAAUUCAGGGAGCUAAACGCAAGUCCUGAGGGUCAACUGUCAGAAGGGCGCAGGCUGAACGGCGACGAACGGAUGAAUGGAGAUGUUGCUAUGAUGCCAUCUGAAACCCCGGAUUAUGGUGGAUACCCCAUCCGAGUGACAGUCCCGUCAAGAACAUGUAUCGCCGAGUGUCUAGCAUAUAGCAUCUAG